AGCUCAGGCCUUUUUGCGUGUUCAAGCAGAUAGGUCGAAAAGCCACUCUGAAUGAAUUGAUCCGUGAAGUUCUUUUUUAUUCUCCAACGCUAACACGUACUCCUCCGACUAUCGCAUACAAGUUUGGAACCCAACCGACACAUCAUUGUUGUCGCUGUCUCAUAGAAUCUUUGGGACUCGCUGCAUAGAAGUACACAUAGAGCCACUUCAUUUUUUCUUUCAAUCUUAUUUCGACGGGGCCAUUGCUGUUCGCUGUAACGCUCUCAGUCAUCCAUACAAAUACAUAAGCAUACACAUACACAUACCUUUUUCUGAGGUCUGCCGUCCUUCUCAGCGAUGCCGUUCGAUUCCUCUUCCUCCUCCUCCUCUUGGGCUGCGUCCCCGGCGGUGUCGGGCAGCGGCCAGCCCCGAGGAAACGCCCGCUUCAGGACGUCGAUGCAGAUGGACGGGCAAACGUGCAUCCUUGUCGGCAGCGCAAAGCGUGAUGCGCCGCCCACCGGUAAAGCAACCGAUGGAAGGCAGGAAACAGUAGGACUCCCCACAGAAGGGAACAUGCCUCCGCCAGUAUCACCUGCUCGGCGACGUCGCAUCUAUUCCUCUUUCUCGUCUUCCUCGGCUACGUAUUCGGACUAUUCCUACUCGGCAUCAUCUGACAGGUUGAGAGGUACGGAGAGGAGGAGCACGGCGACGACGAUGGGUGCAAACGCCGUCAUAACGGACACCGGCGCAGACGGCAACGCUGGGGUGCUCACACACGGAGCAGGGAGAGCAUCUUCUGCUGCUGCUGCUGCUGCUCAGCCCGCCCUCGUACCGAGCACGGCGCUCUCUCCUGACCCCUAUGCGCAGGUGCAGCAACAGUUGCAUCACCCACGCCUGUCUGCCCAGCAGGUGCGUCGUGGCGGUAGCGCGGAGGCAGCGUUGCAGAACCCUGCGGGUGUCCCCGGCUGGUGGUCGUGUGAGAGCUCUGUGCUUCCUGACGGCUCCGCGGCGUCAUCGUCGUCGGCGUCGUUGUGUGCCAUCGGCGUAGCUGCAGCAGCAGCGGCGGCCAACACGCAAGCGGCGCUGCCGGGGAGAGAAGUACGUGUAAUGGAGCCAAAAACAAAAGGAGGCGAUCGCGUCCAACGAGGGGACCUAACUCUGCUAUUGAAGAAGACGAAGGCGUCUUCAGCUGAUGUGGCGGUCUUGCCGUCGACAUCGUCAUCGUCGUCGUGUGGGUGCGCAACGAGCUGCUCGUGCCGCACAGAGGAGGAUAAUGACGAUGAUGCCUCCGACGCCGGCACCACCCCGACCGACACGAGCCGCAGCAGCGAUGACGGCUCGGACUACCCAUACAGCGCAUCGAGCUGCAGCUGCUGCCGCCACCCUUAUGCCGCCUCUUCCGCGCACAGCCGCAGCACCCCAAGCACCACCACCGAGCCGUCGACGUUGUGUAGCUCCUGUGCGGCAGCGGCCCGCACGCACGUACUUCACUUCCCUUCUACGCACGACAAGAGACACGGAGGGCGUGUGUCCCUCACCUCAGCGGAUCGACGCCGUCCUGCACACCGAAGCACGCCGUUCGUAGAACAAGAUGUUUUCCUCGACGCCGUGCGCGGCAACACGAUGUGGGCGGAGGUGCCACCGCUGCUUCACCUUUCCAUGCCUGCCAACACGUCUCGCGGGAAGGACGACAUGGCGGUGCGCGCAGGGCGGGAAAGGGCCGAGCUGAGAGCCGAAUAUAUUCGACAGGCUGCCCUGCUCGCGGGAGGUAAAACGACGACGACGGCGCCAAUGGAAUCCGCUGAUCUCGCUACAGCAACGAGUGCGACGGCCCUGCGGCUUUCCUCCAGUACGCAGACGGACGAGGACACGGAGGAAACGACGACCCGUGCGGCACGAGAGGCCGCCGAAAAGCAGCGCGACGCCCUUCUGGCGGAGGAGCGCCUCCGCGGACUCGCCGCGGCGCAGUGUGCGGAGGUGGCCCUCCCCAUGAUGCAACGUGAGCUCGAGAGCUACGAGACGCGCGCGUCAGCGCUGCAGCAGCACCAACUCGAUGUGCUGCGGCAGCAACUACAGGACUACCAGACACGGAUCGAGAACCAGCGGAAGGAGUGGGCCGCGGAGCUGGACGGGCACCGUGCGCGAUGGGAACUGGAGCAGCAGCGCACGCGAGAGCUGGAGGAGCUUCGGCAGAAGACAGGUCGCAAGGAUCAGGCCACUUCUUUCGACAGCGACAACGAGAGAGCUGCAACUGACACGGCGAAACACGCCGUGGGCACGCAGCAUUCCGACGGGUCGCUCGAACGGCUGGCCGCCGUGCAGUCGGAGGCUGCGGCCUGGCUCACGAACUGCCUGCUCUCCUUCGAAGAAGACGCCCGACGGGACGUGGAAGCGACAGAGGAAGAGGCCCGUCAGCAACUGUGCCACGUGCUGGAGGGACCGUCACGGCGGGUGCUGCUGCGGUGUCAGAUGGAGGUACUUCAGUGGCAGCAGCGGUGUGUGGACGAGCGGCGGACCGCGGCGUACACGGCGGAGUUGCGUGCACUACAGCUGCAGGAGGCAGCUGAACGACAGGAGGUAGCGUCGCGCAGCAGCGAUGGCCUGCGUUAUUUGUGGGACGAGCUGCAAGAAAGACGACGCCGCACCGAUGCUGCGGCGGUGCAGCGCGAGGCACAGCAGACGCGUCAGCGAGCGCGACACAGCCGUGAAAGAGCUCGCGUCUUUACGCGAGGCACACGCGGAGACGGUGCAGCACGUCCAGCAGUUGCGCCUGCAGCUUCUGCACGCCCUGCGCAUGCCGACCAUCACCCUUCCCGAGGAUCCCGCGUCGACACGAACACCACCGCCGCCGGGAGCACCUUUGAUGGACGCCGCCUACGCCUACGCAACCGCCACGGCUGGCCACGAGGGCUGCGAGGAAGGACAGCACCGCAGCGGAGCAGCGGAACACGUCGCUAG